AUGGCCGUCACAAUCAUGAUCUUUCGCCUAUUCUCGUUGUCUGUUGCUUUGGGCCAGGCAGCUGCUACCUUCAGUCUCAAUACUUCUGGUCCCAGCUGGGACUACACAACCAAGGACCUAGCAGACACGACGUCACAGGCUUGCAAGGACGCCUAUAGCACCAGCAUCAACUGCGAUGAAACCCUCCUCAAGAUCGUGGCGUCUAUGGAUCCUGACUUCAACCCGCAAUCUUCAGACUUGCAGGCCAUGUGCACCACCACAUGUAGUGAUUCAUUAUCCCAGUACAUCACGGGUGUCAAGGCUGCGUGCGACAAGGAUGGCGAUCUAGCCGGGAUUGCCAGCGGGAGCACGUAUGUUUACCAAGCUCCCGUGGCCACCGUGGGCGAGGUUUUCCAGUACAAUUACGGCCAAUCUUGUGCCCAAAUCGGGUCUGAUUACUGCCACUUGACCUAUCCCACGAGCGACGAUUGGGCCCAAACCGAUUUUCCAUGUAGCGACGAGUGUGCAGUGAAGUUUUUCCAAAACGCACACGAACAACCUGGUUCGGCAUAUUUCUUCAGUUAUUUUGCUCUUGGGAACCAAUCCUCCUACUGGGAGGAUACCUUUGCUGGUGGUUGGGAAACUGUGGUUCAAUGCGGCGACGGUGGAAGCGAUGUGAGCUCCGUUGGCACGAGCGCAAGUUCGACGACCACCGACAUCGCUGACAGCGCCCUUUCAACUAGCCUAAUUAGCAACAAAGCGGCUAUCUCUAAGACCUCGACGCCAACUGCAGCGAUGACAGCCGCCACGCCAGUUCGGUCUACCUCUGAGACUACUUCAACUACUGCCACCAGUGGCGCUGCGAGGCUCAGAGCCUCCUUUUUGUUUUUUUAA